UUGGGUUCACCCAGAAUGGACUGGAAGGCAUUUCAUCACGCUCAAGCCGAAUUCCGCGUGGUUCGGCUUUCCCUUCCUCUGUGGGGUGUCGACCUCGUGUUAGUCAGUCAAUCUGGUCAGUUGUCUCGUGUGGACUCUGCCAAGAAGGUGUGCGUGCAGCCCGUCAUCCGGUGUUUAUUCAUUUUCUCACCCGUUAGUCCCAUGUAUCGAGCGGCUUUGAACGCGGUGGGGCGUGGCCUCACGCCGCUUAGCGCCCGGCCUCUGGGCGGGAGUGGGUGGGGCGUGCGGGGCUAUGCCAAGGAUGUGCGUUUUGGGAGCGAGGUGCGCAAAGAGAUGUUGAUUGGCGUGGACAUUUUGGCGGACGCCGUGUCUGUGACCAUGGGACCCAAGGGUCGGAACGUGAUCAUUGAAUCCUCUUGGGGUUCGCCCAAGAUCACCAAGGACGGAGUGACCGUGGCCAAAGGCAUCGAGUUGGCCGACAAGUUCCAGAACAUCGGCGCCAAACUCGUCCAAGAUGUGGCUAACAACACGAACGAGCAGGCCGGUGAUGGCACCACCACGGCCACCGUGCUGGCCCGCGCCAUUGCCAAGAUGGGCUUCGACAGUGUCACCCACGGAGCCAACCCCGUGGAAAUUCGCCGCGGUCUCUUGGCUGCGGUCGAUCACGUCAACCAACAACUCAAAGAAAUGUCCAAACACGUGACCACACCGGAGGAGGUCUACCAGGUGGCCACAAUUUCUGCCAACGGCGACACCACUGUUGGCAAACUAAUCUCGGACGCCAUGAACAAAGUGGGCAAGGAAGGCGUGCUCACCGUCAAGGAUGGAAAAACGCUCCACGACGAGAUGGAAGUCAUCGAGGGCAUGAAAUUCGACCGCGGCUACAUUUCCCCAUAUUUCAUUAACACCACCAAAGGUGCCAAAGUGGAGUACAACGAUGCGUUGGUCUUGUACUCGGAGAAAAAGAUCAGCUCCAUUCAAUCCAUCAUCCCCGCCCUCGAAUUGGCUAAUCAGUCCAAACGCCCCUUGAUCAUCGUGGCCGAAGAUAUCGACGGUGAGGCCCUCACCACCCUGGUGGUCAAUCGUCUCAAGAUCGGCCUUCAAGUGGCCGCAGUCAAGGCCCCUGGUUUCGGCGAUAAUCGCAAGAAUACCUUGCAAGACAUGGCCAUCGCCUCCGGAGGUGUCGUUUUCGGCUCGGAAGGCACCGACCUCAAGCUCGAGGACAUCCAAGCCCAUGACUUUGGUCAGGUGGGCGAAGUGUCCAUCACCAAGGACGACACGCUCUUCCUGAAGGGCAAAGGCCGAGAAGACGAGAUCGCCAAGAGGGUCCAGCAACUCAAGGAUCAGAUUGAGGACUCGAGCUCCGAGUACGAGAAGGAGAAGAUGCAGGAGCGUAUGGCUCGUCUGAGUUCGGGUGUGGCCGUGCUCAAGAUUGGCGGCUCCAGCGAGGUCGAGAUGAACGAGAAGAAGGACCGCGUCAACGACGCCCUCUGCGCCACCCGGGCCGCCAUUGAGGAAGGCAUCGUUCCGGGGGGUGGAACCGCUCUCAUCCGAUGCAUCGCCAGCUUGGAUGGGGUUAAGGCCACCAAUGCCGAUCAAAAGAAGGGAGUGGAAAUCGUCCGAUAUGCCCUGACUCGGCCCUGCUACCAAAUUGCCAAGAACGCCGGAGUCGACGCCUCGGUCAUUGUCAACAAAGUCAAGGAGGCCCAAGACCUCAACACGGGUUACAACGCCGCCGAGAAUACCUUUGUCAACAUGAUCGAGGCCGGUAUCGUCGACCCCACCAAGGUUGUGCGCUCCGCCCUGACCGACGCGGCUGGUGUGGCGUCUCUUUUGACCACAGCCGAAGCAGUCAUCACGGAGAUUAAGGAAGAUGCGCCAGCCGGUGGUGGUGGUAUGCCAGGCGGCAUGGGUGGUAUGGGAGGCAUGGGAGGCAUGGGCGGAAUGAUGUAAAGAACCCCAGUUCGUCACCACCACCCCCAUUCUCACUAAAUUCAUGCACCUGUUACAUUCUGGAAGAAACCUCAUGAACACAAGUCACUCAAUCUUCAUGCUCUGGCUGUUUUUCCCCGGCCCCUCUCUCUGUCUCUGGCUGUCUGUCUGUCCGUCCACGUUCAAGAGCCGAUUUUCAUUGUUUGCUGGCUUAGCUGGAAGGAGAGAAGCAGGGAGGAGGGGGUUGAGGCGGCUCUUUUCGAGCACACACAAUGGCAACCCUGGGAGCCUGUAUCUCAUCUCAUCGACGACCCUCGACGUUUUGCCCUUGGCUGUCAUCUAUGGAAAUAAAUGGAUCUUAGGUUGCAUUUAUUAUAUUUAUACCUAAAUAAAAGGGGUCUUACUAUUCAAACGAA